CGACCCCGCAGGCGGGAGCGCGGAACGGGGGGCGGGAGCUGGCGGGGGGCUCCUGGGCCGGCGGUCUCUGGGUCCUGGGUGUCGCCAUCCUCGCUCGGGGAGGGACCGCUCCGUUCCACCGCAGAGGGGCACCCUCCGGGUUCCCGCACCGUCGGGCAGGGUUGGGGUCCCAGUUCCUCUCCCGACCCUGGGCUUCGGAUUCGCCCUUUCUGCGCCCCUACCCCGGGCGCGCACCCAGCUCCGCGGCCGCACCCGGCCCGGUCCUCGGGGACGCGUGCUCCCCUGUCCAGCGCGCCCCUGCUCAGCACGGCCCGGGGGUACCCGACUUGCCCCGACGGGUGAGGGGCGCUGGCAUCCGCCUGGCCGGCUCUUCUCGCGGCCCGCACUUGUGUCUUUGACCCGGGCAGGCGCCGGCCACUUCCCUGCCUCCUCUCCAGUCUCUCCGGGGGCCCCGUCCCUCUCUUCUGGCCUCGGGGUUCCUGCCCCGACCCCAGACCGACUGACCCCUCACCUCCUGGCGCCCGCCUCCUCCUCCUCCGAGGGCCUGCCAGGGCUGUUUUCCCGUCCUCCGUGUUGGGGACAUGGUGUGUGGGGGAGCUCGCUGGCCAGCAUCCCAGGCCUGCCCGCCCCAAAGGGGCUGGGGAGGAGGGAGGCUUUGCCAACAGCCCUAGCGCCCCAGGUUGGGACCUUCUUUGGUUUCACAAAAACAUCCCCCCUUCGGGCCAGCCGGGGAGUUAGCUCAAUGGUUUCGCCACCCGCUGCGCAAGAGCAAGGACCCGAGUUUGAUCCCAGGUACCAAAAAACAAACAAAAGCCCAUCUCCCCUUCUACUUCUGACCUCAGGGCUCUGGAUUGUCUGGGGUACCCUCCCUGGCCCUCCGAUCAGUGCCUUCCUUGGCUGAUAGAAGCCACUUAGUGUCGCUCAGCCACUCCCACUGGAAAUCGGUGGGACACUGGCUGAGCCACCAGCACCCGAGUCACGUGCCCUGCUGAAGCUGGUGUGGGGCAGUGCCAGCCCAGCAAGCAGCAGGGGCAGCAGGGUCGGUCCAGGUGGCCCGUGUGGCUCCACGGGCGUGUACGGAGGAGGGGAUGUGCAGCAGUAGGGCUGGGGGAGUCGCUGGCAGCCUGCAUCUCCAGCCCUGGGUCUGCAGCCUUAGGGGGAGCUGUGCGGUCCAAGAAGGCGGAAGGGUAGGGUCCAGGUCUGCGCUUCCCACCCGUACAUGCUCCUUGCCCGGGAGGGUGUUAAGGUGGAAAGGGGCCAGGCCCAGCGCUCUGGCCAAUGGGAGCCCUGGAUAGCACCUCCACAUCUGGCUCCUGGUCAUCCUGGGGCUCCAGUCCACUCACUCGUUGGACAAACAUUUGUCAUGCGGCUGCUGGCUGUCUGGGUGUCGGUGUUUAUCCCACAGCGGGGGGGCUGGACACACGCAGAUGGCCGUCCUUCCCAGCAGGGGACAGAGCCCUUUGCCCUCUGGCAGCCGGCGUUUGCUCAUGCGCCCUGAGGAGGGGCAGAGGCACCCACCUGGGAGGUGACACUGCCUGCCCUCGGUCCCAGGCUGUUCCCUAGGCCAGCUGGCGUCUGGUGCUCCUGGUGGGGACCCUGGAGCUCAGCCUCCACAGCUGAAAACCCACUGGCCGAGUCCCCUCCCCAUCAGGCGUGUCCGGAAAUGUUACCCGCACUUCCCCACCCCCGGGGGGGCAUCACCCACUUCUGACCAGUGGGAGGGGCCGGGCCUCUGUUUCAGGGUAGAGGCGUGAGUCUCUGCAGUCCUUCCUCCCCUCACCCUACCCAGGGGAUCCCAACCCUACCUUCCCCACCUUCUUUCUUCUAGGAGGGGCUGUUUCCUUUUUGUUUUUUUGAGACAGGCUCUCGCUCUGUAGUUCAGGCUGGCCUCGAACUCACUGUGUAGCCCAAGCUGGCCUUGAACGCACAGCGAUCCUCCUGACUCAGCCUCCUGAGUGCGGUGCCGGGAUGGGAUCCCAGGCGUGUGGCUCCCUGCCCCACCCUUCCCCACCUUCUGGGGCGGGGGGGGAGACAUGCAGAAUGCCCAUCCUUGGCCAGCUGCCAUGAGGAAAGGUCAGGGAGCAGCCCGUCGCCCUUCACCGCCGCCUCUGGACCCUGCUUUUCUCCAGGUGCUUCCGGACUAAGGGACCCCGGUGGGUGGCUUCCACGUGGCGCCAGCAGCCCCGUCCCUUCUGCACAGUCAGCUCUGUGGGUCCUGAUAGUCUGGCAGCAGCAAGGAGGGCCUUGGCUGCUCCCAUUUCCCACAGGGACACUGGACAGAGCUGGCCCCAGGGGCACAGGGCCUCCUCGCUGGGCUGUCCUCCCCCGUGGGGCUGCUACCCCUUGCACGAUCCAGGGCUGCAUCUUCCUGUGCAGGGCCCCGCCUACCUCUUCAGUCCACGAACCCUGGCCACCUCCUGUCCCCUCUGUCCCCAACGCCUGCCCCCCCAGGCCCCCUGGGAGACCUGGAGCUGAGGGCCGCAGCAGCAGCAGCAGCAGUGGACUAUCCCAUCAGAUCAGAAGACGACUCCCUGGUGACCCUUCCCCGACUACCUGCUGUGGGCUCCUCCCCGGCCCCAGCCCAUGGUGCCUGGCUCACCAGGACCUGGCCCUGCCUCCCAUCUGUGCCUGUGUAACCAAGGGCCAGGCUCGGUCCCGUACAGCCCCAGUGCUCACCCUCAGCCGUGGUGCACCCCUCUCCUCCCUGCACUGUCUUCUGUGCUGUCUGUCCGUCUGUCCACAUGUCUCCCUCCCUUUGCCCAUCACAGCCCUGGGGCCUCGCAGACAGGCCCGGGGAGUGCUGCUUCUCCCAAGGGACUCAGUCGGAGCAAAAGAGGGCUCUGCUGCAACCUCAAGCUCCCAGGACCGGGCACGGUGGCACCCCCCAGUCCCUUGUACGGAGGGGUCCCUUUUCUGGGCUCCAGCCUCUGAUAGUGCCGAUCUCAAUGGAAUGUGCUGCCAGCCAGCCUGUGGUGUUUCAGGCACCCAGAAGCCCUGCCUGAGCCUCGCCUGAGGCUGUGGGGCCAUGUGGGCAGGCUGGAGUGUGUUCCACACACCUGGCCCCUGCAUGGCCGGGAGCUGACCUGCCCGUGGGGGCCAAGUGACACCCCAGGCGGGUUGCCUGGCCGACCCACUUUCUCAUGGAGUGUGGCGAGGAGCGUGGGGCUGGCUGGACCCUGAGGUGCUGGCAGGCUGAGGUGUGCAGCUGAGGAGGCUGGUGUCCCGCUGUGCUUUGGGCCUAGCCACCAGCAUGGGGGGUUCUGGGACCGUCAGAGCCACCAGACGGAAACCCCCAGGUAAAGCCACCGACAGAACCACGAAGUCCUGGAACGGGUGACCACCCUUGUGUCCCCUCCCUCCCAGACCCCAAAUCAUCAAUAGGGCUGGUUUUAGGGGACCAGGACGCACCUGGCUGUGACUCUCACUGGAUGCUGCUGCUCAGACCCUCUGCUCCCUGAGGAGGGGCGUGCACACCCCAAGGACCCAGGUGUAAGGCCCCUGGCAGAUGUAGGGGCAGCAGCCCAGAGGCAUGCCCCCUGCCCAGCCCUGCCAUCCCCACCUCCUGGUGCUACUCCUGCUGGCCUGCUGGUUGCCCCUCACCUGCCCAGCCACAGGCUCCCUCCGCUCAGGUGAUGGACUUCUUGUUCGAGAAGUGGAAGCUGUACAGUGACCAGUGUCACCACAACCUGAGCCUGCUGCCUACCCCCACCGAGCUGGUCUGUAACAGAACCUUUGACAAGUACUCCUGCUGGCCAGACACCCCACCCAACACCACAGCCAACAUCUCUUGCCCCUGGUACCUGCCCUGGUAUCACAAAGUGCAGCACCGCCUGGUGUUCAAGGAGUGCGGGCCCAACGGACAGUGGGUGCGGGGGCCCAGGGGGCAGCCAUGGCGCAACGCCUCACAGUGCCAGAUGGAUGACCAGGAGAUCGAGGCCCAGAAGGAGGUGGCCAAGAUGUACAGCAGCUUCCAAGUGAUGUACACGGUGGGCUACAGCCUGUCCCUGGGGGCCCUGCUCCUCGCCCUGGCCAUCCUGCUGGGCCUCAGCAAGCUGCACUGCACGCGCAACUACAUCCACCUGAACCUGUUUGCAUCCUUCGUGCUCAAGGCGGGCUCUGUGCUGGUCAUCGACCAGCUGCUCAAGACCCGAUACAGCCAGAAGAUCGGAGAUGACCUCAGUGUCAGCGUCUGGCUGAGCAAUGGGGCAGUGGCCGGCUGCCGUGUGGCCGCAGUGAUCAUGCAAUACGGCGUCGUGGCCAACUACUGCUGGCUGCUGGUGGAGGGUGUGUACCUGCACAGCCUGCUGAGCCUCGCCACCUUCCCCGAGCGGAGCUUCUUCUCGCUGUACCUGGGCAUCGGCUGGGGUGCGCCCCUGCUGUUUGUCAUCCCCUGGGUGGUGGUCAAGUGUCUGUUCGAGAACAUCCAGUGUUGGACCAGCAAUGACAACAUGGGCUUCUGGUGGAUCCUUCGAGUUCCUGUCUUCCUGGCCAUCCUGAUCAACUUCUGCAUCUUUGUCCGCAUCAUUCACCUGCUGGUGGCCAAGCUGCGGGCCCGCCAGAUGCAUUACACUGACUACAAGUUCCGGCUGGCCAGGUCCACCCUGACCCUCAUCCCUCUGCUGGGUGUCCAUGAAGUAGUCUUUGCCUUCGUGACGGACGAGCAGGCCCAGGGCACCCUUCGUUCCGCCAAGCUCUUCUUCGACCUCUUCCUGAGCUCCUUCCAGGGCCUGCUAGUGGCUGUUCUCUACUGCUUCCUCAACAAGGAGGUGCAGGCAGAGCUGUGGCGGCGCUGGCGGCGCUGGCACGAGGGCAAAGCACUGCUGGAUGAGCGCAUCACAGGCAGCCACUCAGCACCAACAGGGCCCAGCCACAGCCCCCUCUGCAAGAACCUUCAGCUGCUGAAGGGGGACAGCAAUGGGGCCAGCCAGGACCCCUCUGCAGAGACCCCCUUGGCCAAUGGCCUCCCUGGAUUGGCCGAGAGCCCCUUAUGAGGGAGGCUCUGCUGGAGCCCAGGCUGGGGCUGGACCCAGGCACCAGAGAGCUAUCCCAGAACAGCCCUGAGCUGGACGCCUGGCUCCACCGUCCCCGGGCCCUCCUCCCCACACCUUCCCUGACCCUGGGGCCCACGGCAAGAUGACUUAGUGUGGCAGGGGAGCUGUGCCAUGACUGCAGGCAUGGCUUCCCCUGUGUGUUGGUGUCCUCUGUGUGUGAAAAUGUGUGUCCUCCAAUAAACAGCUCAAGUGGUGCCCACA